ACUACCCACGGCGGCGCCUGCGGCUCCGGAAACGCGCCGCUGGGCUGCUAGGCUCGGCAGUGCGCUAGCUGCUCCGUGGCGCUUCCUGCCACGCGAGGCUUGGGCCUCGCCAGCGCUGCUCCGCCAAGGGCCGCGCGUCGGCCGCCGCCAGGCUAGGGAUUCGGUGACAUUUGGUAACGUGGCACAAUACCUCAUCAAACGGAGUGAUUGAGGCUGGACCCUGAGCAGAGGACCUCAGCAUAUUGAAGAAACGUGAUAUCUGUGGACCCAGAGCUUGCUUCAUCCAGCCCCUGGAAGGAGCUGACCAUUGGGAAAGGCAUUUGAUAUUAAUGGAUGACUUGCCUAAGGGAACAGCCACUCCAGCCUUUGAGGAUUGAAAGCUUCCCCUUCAAAGGCCCCAACCUGAUGUCAUCUCUGGCUGCUGCUACUGCCUGUUUCUUUUUCCAUGAGAAGGAGUUCCUGUUUUGACCCUCACCUUGGUCUCUCACCUGGAGCAAGUCAGAGCCGUCCCCUAAUGUGGAUUGAGCUAAACAUUCAGAAAGCAUCUGGGCAACCCAACAGCCAAUGAUGGAUGAAAAUGCACAGUCACAGGAGAUGGCUUCCACAAGCUCCCCGAGGGCCAGUGAGCCCAGCCCUGAGGUCAAACAGAAUGGGGACUCGGGGGGGAAGGGAGGAAGCCCCCAGAAUUUGCCUGUAGAGCAUCACUUUGCAUGUAAAGAGUGUGGGGAUACCUUUCGGCUUAAGGUCCUCCUGGUGCAGCACCAGCGAAUUCACAGUGAGAAGAAGGGCUGGGAGUGCGGCGAUUGCGGUCAGGUCUUUCAUGGGGUGGCUGAGUUAAAUGAGCACAGGAAGAGCCAUGUGGCUGCAGAGCCCCAGCCAGGCCCCAGCUGGGUCCUCGACGGGGCCGUGGAGAAGAGGGAGCAAAUGGAAAAGGAGGCAAAACCCUUCGAGUGUGAAGAAUGCGGGAAAAGGUUCAAGAAGAAUGCAGGCCUCAGUCAGCAUCUGCGCGUCCACAGCCGAGAGAAGCCUUUUGACUGUGAGGAAUGUGGCCGCUCCUUCAAGGUCAAUACCCACCUCUUCCGCCAUCAGAAGCUGCACACUUCGGAGAAGCCCUUCGCCUGUAAGACAUGUAGCAGGGAUUUCCUGGAUCGCCAGGAACUUCUCAAGCACCAGCGGAUACACACCGGCCACCUGCCCUUCGACUGCGACGACUGCGGCAAGUCCUUCCGAGGAGUCAAUGGCCUGGCCGAGCACCAGCGCAUCCACAGCGGAGCGAAGCCCUACAGUUGCCCCCACUGUGGCAAGCUCUUCCGGAGGAGCUCGGAGCUCACCAAGCAUCGGCGGAUCCACACUGGUGAGAAGCCAUACGAGUGCGGCCAGUGCGGCAAAGCCUUCAGGCAGAGCUCCAGCCUCCUAGAGCACCAGCGCAUCCACACUGGGGAGCGGCCUUAUGCCUGUGGCGACUGCGGCAAGGCCUUCCGGGGGCCUUCUGACCUGAUCAAACACCGGCGCAUCCACAGCGGACUGAAACCCUAUGAAUGCGACAAAUGCGGGAAGGCCUUCCGCCGGAGCUCCGGCCUGAGUCGCCAUCGGAGGACCCACAGUGGAACAAGACGCUGCGAGUGCAGCGAGUGUGGCCGCGUGUUCAAGAGGCGGUCGGCGCUGCAGAAGCAUCAGCCAACCCACCAUGAGUAGGCGAGGCUCACAGCCCCACGGCUGGCAGCGGAUUCCCGCCGGGGCCAGGUCCCUAGAGGGGGAGGGCAGAGUCAAAGGAGAUGAACAGUUUUGUAAUGCUUAUAUAUUUUCUCUUCAGAAAGGUUGAAAUCAAUUUAUACUACCACCAGCAAUUUAUAAAGUGUCUAUGUUUCCCAUUUUGCCUAUCGAGAGUAGCUUUUACCAUUUUGAUUGAUUUUGGCUGGUUCAACUGGCCUCGAGUACCUUCAAGGUAUUUAAACCCACAGGCCUUGAAUCGGAGAAUGAGAGAAGAGAAAUCUGGAUGUGGGAAGUGGAGCUGGAUGGAGAUGCUUGUUUUCCUCCAAGCUCCCCCUUCAGGGAAAGGGAGACCCAGAGCUAUUCAACGACAGCAUCUGUAGAUUGUGAAUCCCGACUUUCCCUAACAGAGCAAUCACCCCAAAGUUUUUGGCCUACUUGAAUUUAUAAAUUUUUAGGGUUGUAAAUAGAAUAAUCAAAUGUCUUAUAAUAUUUAAUUUAUUAAUUUAGUUAUGCAUACCUAUUAUAAAUCACAUUAUAUAUAAUAAUAUAUUAAUUUACAAAGUAUUCCGUUUUUGCCUGACUCUGCUCCAUGAGAUCAUUUUAUUCUAAUUCCUCCUAUGCAUUUCUAACCACACUGUCUUCACCAACCUCAGAGCCCCUUUGGAGUCAUUAUUUUCAAAGCCCAUCCAGUGGCUUCCAUCUGUAUGAGCUGUGUGCCAUGUAGCACUGUGACAAUCCCUGCACAAGGCUCUCACUAGAAAUCACCUCCCACAAGCCAUAAGUACCUGUUCACGUAACAUUAGAAUGAUGGUUGUCCUUUUUUAAUUUGUCCUAUAGUUCUACAGUGCACCCACUUAAGGUGUUCCUUUUUAAAUGAACUUUAAAAGGCUUUUUCAAAGCAUUAAAAACUUGUCAUUGUGAGCUCAUACUCUUAAGAAGAAGUACUGAAUCUGAGUUACAUUUCUUUUGUGUCCUUUUUUCUUAAACCAAUUCAACCUGGUGACUUCCAUGCAUAUCCAAAACUAGCAUCGACUGGAGUUUAUUUCAGGCUAAUGGGUCUCAUCCUCAAGCAGGACUAUUAAAAUCAAGUAUUUGAGAGAAGAUCAACAUGAUAACAAUGACAUCCCAAGGACUUAAGCAUAAGGUGAUGCCUCCUUUUGGGGAACAAUAGCCUCUCCUGAUAUGGGGCCUAGAUGGUACUUCUCCAAUCCUCCAUUUCCACCUCUAUAAAACGAAGAUGAUCACAGGACUACCUCUUAAGGUUAUCGCAAGGACCGAGAUGCCUCACCUGGCACAGAGGUACACACUCAGUGAAGUCAUCUGCCAUCACCUCCAUGGUUAUUGCUGUUGUUCUGUGACUCACUGGUAUCUGAACUGGGGAUAGACCCAGGGCUCCUGACUCCUAGUCUCAUCUUCUUUCUCUCACAUGAUGGCUUAAAAUACUGUUUCCAUUUGCUCGCAUGCAGAUCAUAUGUGCAUCUCCUUUGACCAGUUAUCAAGUUACCUUUGAAUAUAUUGACAUUAUACAGCAGUUCUUUCUAUAUCAAUUGUGAUGAUUUCUUUGCCAGUUUUAUUGCUUUGCUCUUUGUAGCAAUUUUAUUACAUUUUUGUUUUGUAAGCUUUUGAUUUUUACAUAUCCAAGCGUUCAUUGUUGUCAGUUAAAUCGUAACUUCCAUUGCUUCAGUAGUUAGAGAUGAUGGUAUUUUCUUCUAGAUAUUGAAUUACAAAUGAAAAGUUGAAAGUCCUGCCCCACCAGAAGGUGGAUGUCCAGGUGGGCAGGCUGGAUGGAAAUGGGCCAGAGAUGCAGGCUCACUCCUCAUCCAAGAUGAAGACUCUGCACAUAAGUGGGCAGUACUUGACUAUCCAACCUGGCCACCCAGGCACUCAAGAGGAAUUUCCAUCUUGGAUUGGCCAGAACACUCUUGACUGUUCCUCAGCAUAGCCCUGGCCUCAGCAGUGGGGCGGGACCUCACUUAUGGGUCAGGAUCAAUGGGACGGUCCAAACUUGGUCUUGGCAGCAGCUGGCCAACCUUCCAGCUCCUGGGAGCCUUGGCCAUGGUUCGGCGUGGAUUCAGUGCCUGAGCAGCAGAUCCACCCAACAGACAUCUCAAACACGAAGACUCAACCGACUGAUGGCUGUCACAUGGAUGGUAUCCUCUUCCUAGAGAGUGAUUCUGGAACUAGAAAGAGGUCACCAGUUCGGUGGCUUCCACUUUUGGUGACUAGGAGGAAAUUCACCUGUGUGUUCUGAUGUCACCUCCUGCAUCCACAUCUGUGAGGGGGUGACAGAACAAAGGCUUGGAGACAACCCUGCCCCUCUGAUGGCUACACCAGGCCUGGGUUGUGACUUGCCACAGCCUUGCCCAAGAGGGGCAGUUAAAACAAGAGUUCAGAGGGCAAUGAUGCCCUUCUGACGACAGCCCAUGUGGCAUAGAAAUAGAAAUUGGUCAUCCUGGAACUGGUCUCUCACUUUCAGCAGCCUCCCCCAGGAGGAACAGCAGCAAGGGCUAGCCAAGAACCUGGCCCCUGUAGCGUGACUUCUCAGCAGCUGUGCCUGGGGUAGAGGGGAAGCUUGAGAGCCUGCUAAGGAAGGGCGCCCUUCUGACAGGCCCACCGGGGCUGGGAAGCAGGGUCCCACAGUGACCCUUGUGACCUUAGCCAGAGGUACUCUGGAAUGGCUCCCCCAGGUCACACCAGUGGCUCUCUGCAACAUCUCCAUCCUGACCCCCGGGCUGGAGAGAAGCUGACAGCUCUUGUUACAUAGCAAUUCUUUCUGCUAGGGGGCCUCAGUUCUUGCAGUAGGUGUAAAUCUAUGUCUGAAAUCACUACUUCCUGUCUCAUCAGUUUUCUCUUUUCAAGCUAUUAAUGACGUAUUUGCUGCAACUGUCAUUUGGUAACGAAUGUUGGCAUCCAUGGGGGCAAGUCUGGCAUUGCAACCUGAAAGUAGCCUGCCAUGUCUUGCCUGGGUUUUAGGAAGGAUCUAGAUGCAGUAUUAACUCAGAACUUAGUAUCGUCGACACCACUCCACUUGUCCCCAGCCAGGACCCGGCACCUUGGCACCUUGGCACCUUGUCAUGCCCUCCUUUCCUUUGUUCCAUUCUCAGUUCUAUGAUUUUCUCUUGAACAGACCGUCCACCGGAGUGAACACAUCUUUUCUGUCACUGUGUUUGUGGGUGAAGUCCAUGCUCUCUCUGUGGCUUUAACGUGUGUCCUGUAGUCGCACCGAGUUCAGUGUUUGCCUCGGGUCCCUGGGGGAGGGGGUGGAUUUCCUUGGACUCUCUAGGUCUACUGCUACAUCAGAUGCAAAAUGUGAUCAGACUUGCUGUCAUGUGUGCUUGUCUAUGCAUUUAUGUAUCUACCUCAUUUCAUUUUUCUUUCUAAUCACAUGUAUUCCUUUUGCAAGGCAAAUGGAGAGCAGGUUGAUUAUGUAGAAUGCCAGCUGUCCUUCAAAAUGGGUCCUUUUCUUAUAUUCUGAAAAAAAACCUUCCAUCACUUUUAUUAAAGUUUUGAAUACUUGCUGAAAUUUUCAGAAGAAAGUAACUGUUUACCACUUCUGCUGCUUAAUAAGAUGAACUGUGUGGAUUAGUUGUGUCAUACCCACUCUCCAGUUUCCAAAAUGAGCCCCACCCUGUCCUGGUGGGCAUCUCUGUCAUGUGGGGUUGCAUUCCGCAUUCCCGGGGCUGUGCCCUGUUGUCUGUUAUGUGACCCCCACCCCGUCAAGGUCAUGUUCAUUCAACCAGAACUGAACACUUGACUCACAGGCAGUAAUUGGUCGACAGAGCUGGAGACAUGGACCAGAUCUUUAGGGUUCUCUGUAAAGUGUAAAUAAGAAAACAGAGAAGUUUCUAGUUUGUGCUGGAAGGAAGAGGGAGCCACCUGGGAUUUAGGGGAGUUGCCCUGAUGGGCAGCACCAGCUUGAAGAUCUAUGGACUCCUGCUGGGCACCCUCAGAGAGGCCUUGACCCCAGCACUGCAAGGGAGCCUGGCAGUUCCCUUCUGGGAUCUCUGGCGACUGCCCUGGUCCACUUGUGUCCCUGCCGUAGACCCCCUUGACCUGAGCCAGCUUGAGUAGGCCUCUGCUUUUUACAGUCUGUCAAGACCAAUUGCAUUUCCCCAUUUGUCCACUUCCUGAGAAGAAUCACAUGAUUGGCUUUCCUCGUGUCCUACCCAGCCCUUGUCCCCAGACCAAGCCCCACCUGACUGUUCUAAACAUCUCUUUUCAAUGUGGUAUUCUGUUUGCUAACAUGGAUACAAAUCUAUGCCUCCCAGCCUCAGUGAGUUUGACCAAUGAUUUUUCUGUCUGGGCAUUGUUCUUUCCUGACCCCAUGUUUACCCCAGGAAAUGAGUUAAGUCACUGCUCACCCUAUUCUUGAUUUUGGAAGUGUCUAGUUACUUCCAGCUACUUUCCAACUGUCAUAUUGGAAAACUGAUAACUUCUGGAUAACUAGUAUACUUAUAAUGUGUAGUUCUCAUUGCAUCUGUUCGGGUGGUUAUUUUCUAAAGUAGAAAUGGUCUCUUUAAACAAACAUGGCCUUCAGUGUUACUUGCAGAUCUGAGAACCAUUAUGCCCUGCCCCAGUUCAUGUUUUGGUUGUUGGCUCUCUUUUCUCAUUCUUCCCCAGUCUCCUUAACUUGUCUGUUUUACAGCAGUUACUAUAAUCAGCCUUGCACUAGCGCUUUGCUCUCCCCGACCUCCCCAACCCGUUAGAUUGUGAGCUCUUAGAAGACAGGGGUGGCCCUUCUUGUCUGAUUCCCCUUCCAGAUCUAGCACAGUGCCUUGCAUUGAGUAGAUUUCAAUAAAUAUAUGUUAAAUGGCA